ACACGCAGAAUGGCGCAAUUUUAUUACAUAUUACUAAUAUGCUUCGGAUUAACUUACGCAAGAGAAAGGAUCGACCCCUUGGUGGAUACAAAACAAGGCCUAAUUAGGGGUCUAAAAGCAGACGAUGGAGAUUACUCAAUGUUUCUUGGAAUCCCCUAUGCUACGGUCGACAAGAGCAACCCCUUUGGCUCAGCAAUUCCUCAACAACCAUUCGAAGCAGUUUUCGAAGCUUACGACGAUUCCGCCAAAUGUCCUCAAGUAGACGAAUUCAGUAACAAGGAAGAGGGUACUUUAGACUGUCUGCACAUUAAUAUUUAUGUCCCUAACAAUGCUACAUCUAGGAACAAAUUGCCAGUUCUUGUCUGGAUAUACGGAGGAGCAUUCGAAAUUGGAUAUUCUGGACGGUAUUUGUAUGGACCAAAGUUUUUGAUAAGAAACGAUGUGAUUCUCGUUACUUUUAACUAUCGGGUGGGACCCUACGGAUUCUUCUGUCUCGACAUACCGGAGGUACCGGGCAACCAGGGAUUGAAGGACCAAGUAUUAGCACUCCGUUGGAUUAAAGACAACAUCGAAGCGUUCGGUGGUGACAGCAAUCAAAUAACGGCUAUGGGAGAAAGUGCAGGAGCUGCAUCAGUAGAGUUACACAUCUUGUCACCACAAGAGAAGCUUUUUAAUAAAGCUAUUGUGCAAAGUGGUUCUUCUGUUGCACCAUGGGUGCUAUUACCACCUACCAAUGACACGGUUUAUCAAAUCAGUGAAAAAUUAGGAUACAUCAGCAAUAAUUUAUUGGAAUCGUUAUCGUUUUUGGCAACCGUUGACCCUCUGUUAGUCAUUGCCGCUUCAGAGGAGCUAGGUAUAAACUACAGAGCGUGCGUUGAAAAACCCUUUGAAGGUGUCGAAUCUUUCCUGAGCGAGCAUCCAGAAAAUGUAGAGAUCUCCAAAACCAAGGUUAUGCCUAUACUGAAUGGUUACAAUAACAAAGAAAAUUUGAUAGCGAAUCCUGAUAAUAAUCCAGGAUUUUACUGGAGCGGUCUCUUUCACUCUUCAAUGGACAUAUUAUUUGAUUUGGACAAAGAUAUGGAGGACAUAGUUACUAAUUUUUAUAUUGGAGAUGAAGAAAUAUCUGACAAAGUAAAGUCCGAACUUAUCGAUUUCUUAUCUGAUGUUCACUUUAAUUAUCCUGCACAAAGAAGUAUAUAUAAAUAUAUUAAGAGUGGUGUACCAAAUGUUUAUCACUAUAUAUUUUCGUAUGAUGGUGGUCGAAAUUUUGUUAAGAAGAAUCUGAAUAUUACUGAUGCCGGUGUAUGUCACGCUGACGAGAUAGGUUAUCUUUUUGAUAUAUCUUAUGAUAAGGAUUUUACAGAGGAAGAUCAACUUAUUAUUGACAGAAUAACAACUCUAUGGACCAACUUUGUAAAAUAUGGAGACCCAACUCCUGAGCCGUCAAAAUUAAUCCCAAUAAAAUGGACUCCAAUUACGGAAAACGUUCUGCAUUAUCUGGACAUAAAUACCGAAUUAUCUAUGGGAACUAGGCCAUUCCACGACAGAUUGGCCUUUUGGGAUUUGUUUUAUAUUGCAAAUCAUGAAAAUCUUCGCGCAUUAAAUUACAACAGAAAAUAA